CCAUAAUUUCAUUUACUGUACGAACAAAAAUCUUUGAGUGUUUUUCUUUUAUUAUAAAUUUUUAUUUGUGGUGUUGUAUCGCGACGAAGAAUGGAGGAGUGAAUUUUUGUGAAUAAUAAUUUUUUUUUAUCCACACACAACUUAUAACCAAGCAGAGAAAAAAAAGAAAAAUUCAAACCCAAAAAUGUAAAAAAAAUAAACGCCAUUUCUAAAAAUCUUCUAACAUUUUCAAAGUGAAUACUACAGAAAUAGAUAAUAACAAAUAAAAAGAGAAAAAACCUUUUUUGUAGGUUCUUUACGAAAUCACAAAAAUCUAUUAAAAAUUCGUAUAUUACAAUUAACAAAAAAGAAAAAAGAAGAAAUAUACUAACUUAUCGUCAUAUCUCUCCAGUCCGCGCCUCGGCAAAAAGAGUGCUGCUACUGCUUCUACGAUAAUAAUGUCCCUUUAAACAAAAGAAAAAGUUUUGAAAAACAAAAACCCGACCAAAACGAAAUAAAAUAAUAAAAAUAAUACAAUUGCAAUUGUGCACAAAAACUACAAAAAUUAAUAUCAAUCUCGAUCUCGACACGAGAACGUACUUAGACUUACCUUACGCUUUACCAAAAAAAAAGAAAGAAAAAUUUAUUAAGAAGUGAAUUUUAGGAUUUUUUAUUCCUCAGCACAGCCCUCAGCUCUCCUCGGUCCACCCGUGCGUCGUCACCCGUGCUGCGGUCUACCUGCUGAGUGUGAUUAAAUAAAAUUACAAAAAAAAAUUCUUAUGCGAGACGAGUUUUUUUUCACAAUUUUCUUCAUUUUAUUUUUGCCAUUUCCAAGGAAAAGUUGGGAAAACAUGCACACAGUUUUAUGUCGUCGAAGUUAUAAAACCAAUAAUGCACAUAAUUUGUGAAUAAAUUGAUCAAAACUAUCGAGAACUAUGUAGAGAUAGAUAAAUAAUUAUAAGAAACCCAAAAACGAAACUUUAAUAUUAUUUUUCUAAAGCGAAAAUAUUGUAAAAUAAGAAAUUAAAAAAAAAAAAGAAAAGAAAACUAUUUCCAAUGAGAAAAAUGUCGACGAAAGCUAACAAAGCAGCAGCAGCAGCGGCAGCAGAAGUUUCAUCAUCAGCGUCAGCGUCGUCAUCAGGAGGCGGAGGUGGUGGUGGAGUCUCAUCAGUGGGGGGCUCUCCAACGACAACCAACACAACAACAACAAAUGGAACACCACAGAGACGCCUCAGGACCCGAACCUCCCAAUCAGCCAGUGGCAGUGAUAAAAAGAACAGCGAUCGUCUCUCUCAAUCGACAAAUUCAACGUCGACAUCCCAAUCGCAAUCCCAAUCGUCCGAUUCGAGUUCGUCCCUUCCAGCUGGUGGUGCUCAAAUUACUGGCAAUGGUUCGAUUUCAGGUCUGGAUGACUCGGCAAAGAAAAGAAACCAACAACAACAACAACAAUUUGUACGAAGCAAACCCUCUCCACACACCCAGCCGCACUCAUCGUCGACCUUCUCCCAGAACAAAAACGAAGAAUUCCACUUCGACACACCACGUGAGUGUCCAGUCUUUCGUCCAACAACCGACGAAUUCCGAAAUCCGCUGGCCUAUAUCUCGAAAAUCCGCCCUAUUGCCGAGAAAUGUGGCAUUGCUAAAAUUCUACCGCCAGCCGAAUGGCGUCCACCAUUUGCUGUCGAUGUUGAUAAACUCAAAUUUACACCUCGCGUUCAGCGUCUCAAUGAAUUGGAAGCAAAGACACGUGUUAAGUUGAAUUUUCUCGACCAGAUUGCUAAAUUCUGGGAGCUGCAAGGUGCUUCGUUAAAGAUUCCAAUGGUCGAGCGAAAGGCAUUGGAUUUGUAUUCAUUGCAUAGAAUUGUUCAAGAAGAAGGUGGCAUGGAACAAGCAACCAGAGAGAGAAAGUGGGCUAAAGUAGCCAAUCGAAUGUCAUAUCCUUCGAGUAAAAGUGUUGGAGCAACUCUCAAGAUGCACUAUGAGCGAUUGCUGCAUCCCUACAAUGUCUACACGUCGGGCAAGAUCAUUGAUAUGAAAAUUGAAGAAGACGCAACUGGAACAGAUGAUUGUAAAGACUACAAGUCACACGAAAUUGUUUCACGCCAGCAAAUAACCCCACCAAAUGAGACAACAGCUCGCAGAUCGAAACGUUUUGCCUUGGGCAAAGGUGCAGUGUGUGGCUUAGGAGCCACUACAACAUCUUCAACUACAUCAUCAUCGGUUGUCGGGCAUAUCGAGACAAAAGAAGAUUUCAAACGCAAUUUGAUGGCAACAUUUAAUGAUAUAGCUGCUGGUGGGGCAGGUUCCAAAAAAGCUGCCUCCACUCCCCUUGAUAUAGUAGAUCCUUUGAUGAAAUACAUAUGCCACAUCUGUAAUCGUGGUGAUUCGGAGGAGAACAUGCUUCUUUGUGAUGGAUGCGAUGAUAGCUAUCAUACAUUCUGUUUGAUUCCACCGUUGGUAUCGAUUCCUAAAGGUGAAUGGUUGUGUCCUCGGUGUGUUGUGGAGGAGGUGAGCAAGCCAACUGAGGCGUUCGGUUUUGAGCAAGCCGAGCGGGAGUAUACUCUGCAGCAAUUCGGGGAAAUGGCUGAUCAGUUCAAGGCGGACUACUUCCGCAAACCGGUGCAUAUGGUGUCGACGGAUUUGGUUGAACGUGAAUUCUGGAGGAUUGUGUCGUCGAUUGAUGAGGAUGUGACUGUUGAAUAUGGAGCUGAUCUGCACACCAUGGAUCAUGGUUCGGGAUUUCCGACAAAGAGUUCUUUGUAUCUGCUGCCGAGUGACCAGGAAUAUGCCGAAUCGCCAUGGAAUUUGAAUAACCUUCCUCUGCUCGAGGACUCCAUUCUGGGACACAUCAAUGCCGAUAUCAGUGGCAUGAAUGCCCCUUGGAUGUAUGUGGGAAUGUGUUUUGCAGCCUUUUGCUGGCACAAUGAAGAUCAUUGGAGCUAUUCCAUCAACUAUCUGCACUGGGGAGAACCCAAGACUUGGUAUGGCGUUCCGGGUUCUUGUGCUGAAGCGUUUGAGGAGACCAUGAAGAAAGCAGCCCCUGAAUUAUUUGCCUCUCAACCCGAUUUAUUGCAUCAAUUGGUCACAAUAAUGAACCCGAAUAUUCUGAUGAACAAUGGAGUUCCUGUUUUUCGUACCGAUCAAAAUGCUGGAGAAUUUGUUAUCACCUUCCCGAGAGCCUAUCACGCGGGAUUCAAUCAAGGCUAUAAUUUUGCGGAAGCGGUAAAUUUCGCCCCAGCCGAUUGGUUGAAAAUGGGACGCGAAUGCGUCAAUCAUUACUCGAUUCUUCGACGUUUCUGCGUCUUUUCACACGAUGAACUGGUCUGCAAAAUGGCCCUGGAACCGAACAAACUGACUUUUGGCAUUGCAACUGCCUGCUACAUCGACAUGGCCGAAAUGGUGGACUCUGAGAAGAAGCUACGCAAAUCUUUGCUGGAAUGGGGUGUCACCAGAGCCGAACGCAAAGCUUUCGAGCUGAUUCCAGACGAUGAACGACACUGUCUGGAGUGCAAUACCACUUGCUUCUUGUCGGCGGUAUCAUGCGAAUGCAAAAGUUCGAUUGUCUGUUUAAGGCACUACACAGCUUUGUGUUUUUGUGGUGCAGACAAGCACACUCUACAGUAUCGCUACACUCUGGAUGAGAUGCCGCUAAUGCUGCAAAAACUGAAGGCAAAGGCGCAGAGUUUCGAAAGGUGGCUAUCACGUUGCCGCAAUAUCAUGGACACAAAUACCCCGACAGUGGUGACGUUGGCCGAGCUGCAGGAGCUUACGAAGGAAGCCGAAUUAAAGAAGUUCCCCAGUUCGAUGUUGAUUGAUCGAUUAAACGCUGCUGUCUUGGAAGCAGAGAAGUGUGUGACGGUGAUCCAGCAAUUAGGAAUAAAUAAAGUUCGAACUCGACUUGAUCACUCAAUUGAUGCCGCUCAAUACAAGCUCACCAUGGAAGAGCUUGAAUUAUUUGCACAAGAAAUCGACAACCUUUGCUGUAUCAUCGAAGAAGGUCGCAGUGUCCGGGAGCUGCUGGCUAUCGGCAAGGACUUCGUGGCACGUGCAAAAGUAAUGCUUGCCAAGCCAACAGAUUUGGCAGAUGAAAAAACCAUUGAAAACCUAAUUGACGACGGAUGUGUGCUCCGAAUCGAGAUGCAGGAACUCAUUGAACUGGGCAAUCGUUUGAAGGCUAUCAAAUGGAUCAAACGCUCAGAGAUGCUGCGUAAUUCUACCGUUAAGAUGACCGCCGCAGAAAUCAAGAAUCUUUUGCUAGCCGGACAAGAUCUGGAGAGUGACCCGGCAGUGGACAAGGAGAUGCUAAUAUUGCAGAAAAUUUUGGGACAAAUGGACGCAUGGGAAAAGAUGGCAGCUAAAUUUUUCCGUGGUAGUGUACAACACGAUUUGCAGGAGAUCGAGAUGUUCCUGAAGAGCGCCGAUGAAAUCAAUGGACAAUUACAGUCGUAUGGAGCCCUAAAAGAUGCCAUCAAGAAGGCUAAAGAAUGGCUGAGGUCGGUGGAAGCGCUGCAGGCUAAAGAUCAUUUCCCUUAUUGCCAUACACUCGAUGAGAUUGUGCAACGUGGCAGGAACAUUCCCAUACAGCUAGAAGAGCUCUUCCGAAUGGAGGGACACUUGAAGAGUGCCAAGGAGUGGAAGGAUAACACGGCGAAGGCAUUCCUUAAGAAGAACACAUAUUACAGUUUGUUGGAGGUGUUGAUGCCACGUGAUGAACCAGUUGUCAUUGAUUCGGAUAGUAAAACGCCAUUCGAAGCAGAUUUCCUGAAGGACAUGAACCCAGCUCAAAUUGUGGACUCGUUCAAAACCGCCGAGGAAAAGGAAAUACGAAACAUGCGAGAACUACGACGCUUGAAUAUGGGAAAGAACCCUCUGAAAGAUGACUAUUGUGUGUGCAAUAGCAAGUUCCAUGGUGUGAUGUUCAACUGCCAACUGUGCAAGGAUUGGUUCCAUGAGGAUUGUGUUAAAGAGACUUCAUCAAAGUCAAGAUCCGCCGCAAGCACUCCUACGCUAGUUGGAAGCCCAGCUCCUCCAGCAAUGAAUGGUAUCCAUACUAAGCCGAAAUUCCUGUGUUCAUCAUGUGUGCGAUCGAAGAGACCUCGUUUAGAGACCAUAUUGCCAUUGUUGGUCUCUCUGCAGAAACUGCCAAUUCGUUUGCCAGAAGAUGAAGCGCUAAGAUGCCUAGCAGAGCGUGCAAUGAAUUGGCAAGAUCGAGCUCAAAAAGCCUUGAGUAGUCCUGAAAUCAACGCCGUACUGGAAUCCAUCACGCAACAGAGAACAAAGCCACGACCUGAAAAACCAAUUCGCCGAAACCACCUGCAACCCAGAAAACCAAUAGCCCAUCCGGAAAAACAGUCUAGCAUCUCAGACGGUGAAGAUCUCGAUCAUGAAGACGAUGAGGAAGAUGAUGACGAUGAUGAGGGCCGGCUGCGCAUUGAUCUUGAUGGCUUUAGCGAUGACGAAGACUCCUCGCAGAACCUGCUGGAAGAAGAAAACAGCAAGAAUUCCCCCCUCAAAUUGACUGACAUGGAAUGUGAAGCAAUGGAAGAACUCAUGAUGGAAGGUGAUCUCCUCGAAGUCUCUCUAGAUGUGUCCCAAGAACUGUGGCGCGUCAUAAAAGCCUCAUAUCCACUUGCUUCAGCAGACCUAGCCGCCCGCUAUCAACAGACAUUCAAUUUCCCCUCAGAAGAAUCCAACGACAGUCUAGUCCACCAGCAUACCAAUAACAAUUCGAGCAGCAGUAGUGGCAGUGGCGGCGGCGUCAAUACUCUCAAGAAACGCCGUUCCUUAGAUCCUGCGGCCCUUUGUCCGGUGCCGAGGAAGAAGACAGCCACUCCCAAUAAGCUACAGCAAGCAAAUAACAAAAAGUCCGUCACCGGACGCCGCUCAGAGCCCAUAAAACAGACAAUUACAAUCUCCACAGAGGACAACACAGAAAACAACACUCCAACGCAGACAAAAGCCGGCAACACCAAAAAACGGAAGCGUGCCACCAACAAGAAGCUCUCACAACGUGCCCAACAAGCACAGCAAGAAGACGACGAGGAGGAAUGUCGAGCCGAGAAUUGUCACAAGCCAACUGGCCGCGAGGUCGAUUGGGUGCAAUGCGACGGCGGCUGCAACGAAUGGUUCCACAUGUACUGUGUUGGCCUGAACCGCAGUCAGAUCAAAGCCGACGACGACUACAUAUGCUUAAGGUGUGCAAAAGCCAAUCCAUCACCGCAAACCACCAAUAAAAACCGAACGCAGACGAGGUAGGCGCUGCCGCUAUAAGCAGCUGCUAAAAGCCUACAUAUAAUUUUUCAUUUAUUUUUACUUUUAACUUUUGUGUGUGUUGUGUUUAAAAAAUGCAAAAUACAAAUAAAACAAAAACCGAAACCAGCAUAAGCACAUUUUUAAAUUUAAAAACUUAAAAUUACUUUAAUUCAAAUUUAAAUAUUAUUUUUUUGUACACAGCUGAAAAAUAAAAAAUCGAAAUCGAUGGAGAGAAGAAAACGAGAGAGAGAGGAAAGUAGGGAGAGAGAGUAUGCCCAGUUUUUAUAUAAAAAGAAAUAAGCAUUCCUCUACUACUCCUACUUUUACUUAUAUGUGAAAUAUGUUAUUACUUUUAAAUUACUUAUUUUAUAAUUCUUUUGUGUAAAAAACAAAUAUUUUAAUGAACAAGAGAAUAAUAUUUCAUCAUACACAGAGAAAUCAUUAUAAAAUAAAUGUGUUAAUUUAUUACAAAAAAAAAACAA